AUACCAACCUUUACUGCCAGAUUAGUUGGUUAGUUGCAGUCAUUACAACUGGACCCAAGUUGUAUUUUCUUAUUUUGUGUUGGCAACAAUGUUUCUUAUGUAUUUGAUAUCAAUUGUCCUGGCUACAAUUCUCAUCUCGUCAUCUCAAGCAGCGCAGGCUCAGAAGGAUAUAUGUGGAUUGAGGACCAAGAAGUUCAAUAUAAGGAUAGACAGAAUCAGGAUAUUGAGGAGAUCAACGAUGUUUGGGCCCCAGGACCUUCAAGUGAAACAUUCAAGCGCUUCUCAUUCAAAUCGCUCCUUAAAGAGCUCAUAAGGGUACACAGCGACAAGCUAAAAACUACAGUUGCUCCGCAAGUCUUCCCACAGGAACAUCCGAAUCCUGCGGGAUCUCCUGAUACAGCAACCUCCCAUGAACACCCAAUUCCCACCGAAGAACCUCUGGAGACUCUCCUAAACCUUGGACCUGUUGUCAAACCUGAUAAGAGCUACAGGUUCACACACAACUUUAGGUUCGGCUACGGAGCGUUGCCCGGCCUACCUUGAAGAGAAAAUUGAUGCAAACAGAGCUCAAAUAAUAAUUGAAAGCCUUAAAACGUUCUAGAAAUUUAUAAUUGUAUUCAAACUCAAAACUUUAGGAUGUUAAAAAACGAUUACUUGGCUUAAGAAAGAUUUUGCUUGAACUUCCUUGACGGCAAAAGUAUUUAACAUCUAAAAUCAAAGGGCCAAUAACAUAUUGGGUUCUAGGGUAAUAAACGUUGUACUAUGUUUAAAAUAUAACAUAGCCUGAGGAGUUUUCCAGAACUAUACAUUGAUGAAAAAGUUAUUUAACUACACACCAAAUUAUUAGGUGAUUAAUAUGACUUAGUCUGACGUUUCGUUUGAAACCCAAUUAUACAGUAGAAACCAACUGAAUUAAUAAAAAAGAUUCCUACAGAUAUUAUGUCCUAAAGAAGUUGUUUUAACAUUUCGAUUUGAAAUUGUUUUCUACUGUUAUUAUUUUUUGGGCUUAAGUUUGAGUACAAGAAACAUUCGUAACUAAUAAAAGAAUCCAUAACUAAUAAAAUUUUAGUUUUUUUACUAUUUCGAUUUAUUUCUUGUUGGUCCAUGCUUUAUUAUGAAAAUGUUGAUGAAAACUAUGUAUUCCACUCUUAAAAUUAUAAGUUUAAUUAUCUAAAGACAUUAAACUGAAAUAAAUCAUAAAACCUAAACAGUGGCUGAUUCGUAUUUAUCUAAAUAAUUAAAUCAAUUCUUUGA